UGUCUCCCUGCCUGGGCCCCGUCCCUUCCUGAGGAGACGGCGCAGGCAUGGCCAACAGCCCAGCAGAGAGCGCCAACCACCUGCCCUUCUUUUUUGGCAACAUCACUCGGGAGGAGGCCGAAGACUACCUGGUCCAGGGGGGCAUGACAGAUGGGCUCUACCUGCUGCGUCAGAGUCGCAAUUACCUGGGUGGCUUUGCCCUGUCGGUGGCUCACGGCAGGAAGGCACACCACUACACCAUCGAGAGGGAGAUCAAUGGCACCUACGCCAUCUCGGGUGGCAGGAACCACAGCAGCCCUGCUGACCUCUGCCAGUACCACUCGCAGGAAUCCGAUGGCCUCAUCUGCCUUCUCACAAAACCCUUCAACCGGCCCCCCGGAGUGCAGCCCAAGACGGGGCCCUUCGAGGACCUGAAGGAGAACCUCAUCAGGGAAUAUGUGAAGCAGACAUGGAACCUGCAGGGCCAGGCUCUGGAACAGGCCAUCAUCAGCCAGAAGCCCCAGCUGGAGAAGCUGAUCGCCACCACGGCCCACGAAAAGAUGCCCUGGUUCCACGGGAACAUCUCUCGGGACGAAUCUGAGCAGAUUGUCCUGAUAGGAUCCAAGACGAAUGGAAAAUUUUUGAUCAGGGCCCGAGACAAUAAUGGCUCCUACGCCCUGUGCCUGCUGCACGAAGGGAAGGUGCUGCACUAUCGCAUCGACAAGGACAAGACGGGGAAGCUCUCCAUCCCCGACGGAAAGAAGUUCGACACACUCUGGCAGCUGGUGGAACAUUAUUCUUACAAGCCAGAUGGUUUGUUAAGAGUUCUUACAGUUCCAUGUCAGAAAAUUGGCGCACAGAUGGCUCAUCAACAAGGACCAACUGCUCAUCCUGUGAGUUGGUCAGCGGGUGGAAUAAUCUCAAGAAUCAAAUCAUACUACUUACCAAAGCGGGACGGCAGAAAGGCCUCCCCGUCCCCCAGGACCCGGCCAGAGAGCGCUGCGUCCUUCAACCCUUAUGAGCCAGAACGAGGACACUGGGCUGCGGAGCGAGGUCCCCAGAUAGAAGCCAUGCCCAUGGACACAGAGGUGUACGAGAGCCCCUAUGCAGACCCCGAGGAGAUCCGGCCCAAGGAGGUCUACCUGGACCGAAACCUGCUCACGCUAGAGGACAAGGAACUGGGCUCUGGUAACUUCGGGACCGUGAAAAAGGGCUACUACCAAAUGAAAAAAGUGGUGAAAACAGUGGCUGUGAAAAUCCUGAAAAACGAGGCCAAUGACCCCGCCCUGAAGGAUGAACUCUUAGCAGAAGCCAACGUCAUGCAGCAGCUCGACAACCCCUACAUCGUGCGCAUGAUCGGCAUCUGUGAAGCCGAGUCCUGGAUGCUGGUCAUGGAGAUGGCAGAGCUUGGUCCGCUCAACAAGUAUCUGCAGCAGAACAGGCACGUCAAGGAUAAGAACAUCAUAGAGCUGGUUCAUCAGGUUUCCAUGGGAAUGAAAUAUUUGGAGGAGUGCAAUUUUGUGCACAGAGAUCUGGCUGCAAGAAACGUAUUGCUGGUCACUCAGCAUUAUGCCAAGAUCAGCGACUUUGGGCUUUCCAAAGCACUGCAAGCAGAUGAAAACUACUACAAGGCCCAGACCCACGGGAAGUGGCCCGUGAAGUGGUAUGCCCCCGAAUGCAUCAACUACUACAAGUUCUCCAGCAAAAGCGACGUGUGGAGCUUCGGCGUGCUGAUGUGGGAAGCCUUCUCCUAUGGGCAGAAGCCCUAUCGAGGGAUGAAAGGAAGUGAAGUUACCGCCAUGCUGGAGAAAGGAGAGCGGAUGGGGUGCCCUCAAGGGUGUCCCAGAGAGAUGUACGACCUGAUGAACCUGUGCUGGACCUACGAGGUGGACAAAAGGCCCGGGUUCGUAGCAGUGGAGCUGCGGCUGCGCAAUUACUACUACGACGUGGUGAACUAACAGCCCCGGGCCUGCCCACCGCUGCCUUCAGUCAGGAGCCAUCUCAGGAGCAUGUAUUCAUAGGCACCGAUUUCCAGCCCUUCCAUCUCCGGCUGCUGGGGGAGAGAGCCGCCCCGGGGGGACCUGCUGGUGACUUCGUAAGCAAAACCUGUCCUAGGACUCACCAACCGCCAAGCCAACAAGGUCCCACAGGAAGACAGAGGACAUGUCGGCUGGAGGGGCUGCCAGACUGGUCCUGUCCUUUAUCGGGGUGGAUCUUGUGCCGACGGAUUCUCGGAUGUUUCUAAAUUCCUUUUGGGUCAUUCCCGUUCUUGGGGUCUUUGGGGUCGCAGAAAGCCCUGGAGACCUGAGGGCAGGGCCCCGUGGCUCCCACCCAGUUGGCACUGACUUCGGAAAUGAAGGAAGGGGAGGGAUUGGCAGAGGAACCGACUUCCCCUAAAACAGGACUCUGACAGCCCAAGACGGAUCCUGGGCCAGAGAAAAGCUGUCCAGGUGAGAAAGUGCUGGCUGGGAAGCCUAAAAAAGAACAAUGUCUAAGCAUGUAGCCAAUUAACGAAAUAACACACCAGUCACUGACAAUCAUAAGCCCAGGUAUGGCUUCUGCUCUCUGUUAUGGGACAGAAGCAUCAUCUAGACGAGAAAUGAGGACUGUGGGGUACAUCAGCUGAGGUUACGUCUUCUGAAGUCCUCUCCCCUGCAGGUGGUCUUAAAAUGGUUCUUCUGUGCUGUGAUGGAGACUAGUGGAUGAAGUUCCGCAGGGAGAUUGCAUAGUGGUGUCGGGCUGCCCUCACCCCGUGUCCCAUCAGGGGCAGCAGAGUGAUCAGGCUGCUAUCUACUGAGCAUGGGCCAAGCUUCAAGGUGAAGUUUACCCUCCACAGAGGGGCUGCAGCCAGAAUUCCAUCUUUUAUUUUUUUAAAAAAUCCUGUUUUCUGUUGCUAUCACUGAACAGCUGAGACUGAGAAAUUUAUAAAGAAAAAUGUAUCUCUCACACUUCUAGAGGCUGGGAAGCCCAGUUGUCAGUGCGCUAGCACCUGGCAGGAGGCUUCUUGCUGCAUAAUAACACAGCAAAGGCAUCACGUGAAGAGAGAGCCAUGCCAGGUAGAGUCACUCUUAUGAAGCCACGAAUCCCAUAUGAUCCCCAUCCUCUUGGCCCAUGCUAAUCCCCAUCACCUCUCAAGGUCCCACCUCCAAAUACCAUCAACAUGUGAAUGUGGGGAUUAAAUUUCCAGUCCAUGAACUUGGGGGGACAUAGUCACACCAGAGCAGAGGACAACAUGGUGGCCAAAGCCAUCAAAAGAGGAGUUUCUAAAAGAGAGUGUCGGUCAUAUAAAACCAAAGACUUUGAUCCUCACCAGAUAGGCCUUAUUUGUGACUAAGUGUGACCUUAGGUUAAAGAUGUAAGACCUGAGAAUUCCGUUAGUCUCUGAAUCCUGGACAUCAUGUUUGAUCUUAUAGAAAUCAUCACCCACUGAUACCAGUCUUGUGGCCCUUGAAAGUUAAGUAGCUGUUUAUCCGGUGUUUCAGUGUCUGUAGAUGUGCAUGAUCUUGGACACAUCUUCACAUCUAAGGCAUUUUAAAGCAUACACAUAGCCAUGGAGGGCAGAGGAAGCCCUGUUCCUAACUUGAGGUAUGAAGGAAAGUAGCCAUCAAUACCUUGGCUUAGCCAAAAAAAAAAAAAAAACAGACAUGAGCUGUUGUGUUAGGAAAUUUUUAGGAACCAGCCGCACGUUUUGGAAUUGUGCU